AUGCAUUCAGCUGUCCUGGCCACUUUCUUCUUGUUGAGCUGGACUCACUGUUGGUCCCUGCCCCUGCCCAAUAGUGAUGAUGAUGACGACUUAUCUGAGGAAGACCUCGAGUUUGCAGAGCACUACCUGAAAUCUUACUAUCAUCCCGUGACUCUCGCUGGAAUUCUGAAAAAGUCUGCAGUAACCUCCACAGUUGAUAGGCUCCGAGAAAUGCAGUCUUUCUUCGGCCUAGAGGUGACUGGAAAACUUGAUGAUCCCACCUUAGACAUCAUGAGAAAACCAAGAUGUGGAGUCCCUGAUGUGGGUGAAUACAGUGUUUUCCCUCGAACGCUCAAAUGGUCCCAGACGAACUUAACUUACAGAAUUGUGAACUAUACUCCUGAUAUGCCCCAUUCUGAAGUGGAGAAGGCCUUCAAAAAGGCCUUCAAAGUCUGGUCUGAUGUGACACCUCUGAAUUUCACCAGAAUCCAUGAUGGAACUGCUGAUAUCAUGAUAUCUUUUGGAACUAAAGAACACGGUGACUUCUACCCAUUUGAUGGACCUUCUGGUCUUCUGGCGCAUGCCUUUCCUCCUGGACCAAAUUAUGGAGGGGACGCCCACUUUGAUGAUGAUGAAACCUGGACAAGCAGCUCCAAAGGCUACAACUUGUUUAUUGUUGCUGCCCAUGAGCUUGGCCACUCCCUAGGUCUGGACCACUCCAAGGACCCAGGAGCCCUGAUGUUUCCCAUCUAUACCUACACUGGCAAAAGCCAUUUCAUGCUUCCUGAUGAUGAUGUUCAAGGAAUCCAGUCUCUCUACGGGCCAGGAGAUGAAGACCCCAAUCCUAAACAUCCCAAAACACCAGAAAAGUGUGACCCAGCCUUAUCCCUUGAUGCCAUUACCAGCCUCCGAGGAGAAACCAUGAUCUUUAAAGACAGAUUCUUCUGGCGUCUGCACCCUCAGCAGGUUGAGGCAGAGCUGUUUUUGACAAAAUCAUUUUGGCCAGAACUUCCCAACCAUGUGGAUGCUGCAUAUGAACAUCCAUCCCAUGACCUUAUGUUCAUCUUUAGAGGUAGAAAAUUCUGGGCUCUCAAUGGUUAUGACAUUCUGGAAGGUUAUCCCAAAAAGAUAUCUGACCUGGGAUUUCCAAAAGAGGUGAAGAGGAUAAGUGCUGCUGUGCACCUUGAGGACAUGGGCAAGACCCUCUUCUUCUCCGGGAGCCAGGUGUGGAGAUAUGAUGAUGCUAACCAGACUAUGGAAGAAGACUAUCCCCGACUCAUAGUAGAAGAAUUCCCUGGAAUUGGCGAUAAAGUAGAUGCUGUCUAUGAGAAAAAUGGCUAUAUCUACUUUUUCAAUGGGCCCAUACAGUUUGAAUACAGUAUCUGGAGUAACCGCAUCGUGCGAGUCAUGCCGACAAAUUCCUUAUUGUGGUGUUAA